CUUAAAUACGUCUAUCAAAGAGAUGUGGAAACGGUCUCUAAUACUUCUAUAUUAUCACAACCUUCACUCAUUGGACAUGCAUAGUAACUCCAAAAAAAACUAUGGGAGAAUUAAAAUAGGAGUAGAACACUAGGAGAAACAUAGUUCUAUAAAUGCUCAAAGCUAGCUAGCUGCAAAUUUUGAACCAAUAUAUUUGUUCACCUGUCAGCUUGCCUUUAUAAAUGCAUCCUUUUAGAGAACAACACUCCUAUAUAUUCAUUCAUUGGUAACUUAUAUUAUUAUCCUCCAUUCCAUAACCAAACUCAAUUAUUCUUUCUCUUCCCAAACAAAUUUAAACUCCUUUUUGUUUUAUACUUUAAUUUCUUGCAAACUAUAUUAAUUAAUUAAAUACUUUUAGUAUGGCCAAAACAAUGGCAAUAAUAAUAUUUUUGAUUAUUUUAAUAAUAAUAAAACCACUAGAAAUUAUUAAUAUUAGUGGUGUUAAAGCAGUGUCUGAUGAAGAUUUGAUAGCCACAAAUUGCUUAAAUGUUCCAGCAUCUGUGUUUAUUGACACUCUUAAAAACAGCAUGGAAGGUGUUGUUAAGGUUGCUUCCAUUGUUUCUAAGUUUACUGGAUUUAUUUCUGAUUUUAGAGUUUCUAAUGCUGUUGCUGAUUGUCUUGAUCUGCUUGAGUUGUCUUCUGAUGAGUUGAGUUGGACUCUUUCUGCUUCUCAAUUUGGUAAAAGCAAUGGGACAGGAAACUUGGCCUUAGAUUUGAAGACAUGGUUAAGUGCUUCCUUGAUUAAUCAAGAGACUUGCCUAGAAGGCUUUGAAGGUACCAGCACCUUUGUCAAAGAGCUAGUCUCAGGCAGCAUCAAUCAAGUCUCUUCAUUAGUGCAACAAGUCCUCCAUAUGGUCCACCUAGCCCCUGGUCCCACACAUGCUUCCCAUCUAGGUCGUGCUAAGGGGACCCCACCUCGCAGUGGUGGGAGACGAUUGAUGGCGAAGGUUAAUGAUGUAGACGGAUUCCCUUCUUGGAUACGAUCAAAAGAUCGAAAGUUAUUACAGUCUUCUGUUCGAGACAUAACACCGAAUGUUAUUGUUGCUCUAGAUGGAAGGGGAGAUUUUACUAAAAUUAUGGAUGCUAUUGCUGCUGCUCCGAGUCAUAGUACAAAUCGGUUUGUUAUUUAUGUGAAGAAAGGAGUGUAUGAUGAAAUUGUGGAGAUAAAAAGAAAAAAGACUUAUAUCAUGCUAUAUGGUGAUGGAAUAGAUGCUACAAUUAUCACCGGCAAUCGAAACGUUUUUGAUGGAUAUACAACUUAUCGAAGCGCUACAUUUGCCGUUACUGGAGCCAAUUUUAUAGCACGAGAUAUAACCUUUCAAAAUACAGCGGGACCAGAAAAGCACCAAGCAGUGGCUUUCCGUUCAGACUCAGAUCUAUCAGCAAUUUAUCGAUGUGCCUUCAGAGGAUACCAAGACACACUCUAUGCCCACGCAAACAGACAAUUCUUCCGAGAAUGCACCAUCACAGGUACAGUUGAUUUCAUUUUCGGUGACGCAGUGGCCAUUUUCCAAAGUUGUUUAAUCCAAUCUCGUAAAGGUCUUUCAAACCAAAAGAAUACCAUCACUGCACAAGGUCGUAAGGAUCCUGGUGAAAACACCGGUUUCUCUCUUCAAUUUUGCAAUAUUACCGGUGACACAAGCCUUACAACGGGGACUAAUUCCUCUACGAACUCCACUACCACGUACACGUAUUUGGGUCGUCCUUGGAAGGCAUAUUCAAGGACAGUUAUCAUGCAAUCAUACAUAAGUAAUGUAAUUAGGCCCGAAGGUUGGUUAGAGUGGAAUGGUAAUUUGUAUUUGGAUACGCUCUUUUAUGCUGAGUACAUGAAUUAUGGGCCUGGAGCUUCUCUUUCAUCCCGGGUUAAAUGGCCCGGAUAUCAUAUUUUUGAUAGUUCGGCCCAAGCUCUUAAUUACACUGUGGCCCAAUUUAUUAAUGGAGAUGAGUGGCUGCCCAAUACCGGAGUCCGUUUUACAAGUGGGCUUUCUGUAGUGUAAGACAAUGAGACGUAUUUUAUAUAUGGACUAAAUAGCCCAAUUCAUAUAAA